AUGUCGGUCCACAUCCACCUCGUGGACCAGCCGGAGUACUACACCAAUCUUGACAUUAUCCACGGCGAAGUCAAGUUCUUUCUGUCUAAGCCAGAUGCCAUUGGCGCCGUCGUCGUCAAGCUCGAGGGCGAAUCGAGCACGUCGUUGACCGUCCCGCCCGUCGAGGACGAGGAGGGCUGGACGUACAUGAACGAGCCCCUUCACGACCUAGACCCGAGCCGGAACCCCAGCGGCACGAUUACACGGCCAGCGCCCGGCACUGUCGUGCAAGAAAACCACAAGAUUCUCUACCAAGUUGCCCAGGUGCACCCGCUCAAGACAGAUGAGCCGCUCACAAGCAACACCCUGCCGGCCGGCCAGCACACGUUCCCCUUCCGCUUCAAGGUGCCCUUUAACAAUGCCUGUGCCGAUCCAGUGGCAUUGUCGCGCACGGGCGGCAUGGUCGACGUCGACGGCAAUGCCGAGAACCCGAAUGGCGGCCCGCUUCGCUUUGGAGUCGGCAACAACGGCAUCCGCAUCAUGGACGGCACCAAGCAGCUGAUGUACACCCACGUCAAGCAGACGCUUCCCCCGAGCUUCGCCGGCUACUUGAGCACCACGGAAACCACCGAGAUUCGGUACUUUGUCAAGGCCACUGUGCAGCGGCCGGGCAUGUUUCGGGGCAACUGGCGCAACUCGGUCGGCUUCAAGUUUCUGCCCAUUGAGCCCAUUCGGCCACCGCCGUCGACGCGCGAGAUGUUUGCGCGCCGGCCCUUUACCUUCCGUGACCGCGCCCCGCCGUCUGACGCGCCUCUCCUGCGCAACUCCAAGAAGAAGACCAGCUUCUUCCGCAACAACAGCAGCUCGACGCUCUCUUUGCCCGACAGCCAAGCAGGAGCGUCUGUGUCGCCCACAUCUCCAUCUUCGUCAUUGUCCACGUCGCCAAACACGCUAAAGUUCCCUGUGAACGUCGCAUGCCGCGACGGUGUUACGCCUUCGAUUCAACUGAUUGCUUUGCUUCCAUUCCCCGCCAUUCUGACCUGCAACGAACCCCUGCCGCUGCGCAUUGUCGCCCGCAAGCUUGAGGCCAGCCGUGAACAGGUAUACCUCACCUCGCUCGACAUUCGCCUCCUCGGCAGGACGCGGGUCAAGGGCCAGGACGUUGAGCAGACCAAGACAGCCACCUGGAUCAUCAUGACACGACUCGGCCUUACGAUUCCCGUAUGCGACCCGGACGCCCCUGUCGACAGCGAAUUGGAGCUACCCGACGACAUGUGGCGCCACAAUGCCCUACCAAACACCGUGAUGCCUGGCUUCGUGACAUGCAACAUCAGCCGCGAUUACCAGCUCGAGGUCCGCGCAGGCCUGUGUUGGAGCGUGCUGCCCAUAGACUCAGGUCCGCCGUUGGCAUCCGAGUCGUUGACUGACCAGCCAAGCAGCGGCCAGCUUUCGAAAAAGGAGUUGAAAGAGCAGUUGAAAGAACAAAAGAAGGAGCAAAAGGCGGCCAUGAAGGCCAUGAAGGUCAUGAAGCCUCGGCCCGCGCACUUGCUUCCUCAGACUAUCAUUUUGCCUCUCACAUUCCACUCCGUGCAGGUGUACUCCGGGAUCAAGCCAAACAAGAUGCUCAUCGACGCCGUCGAACGGCACCGCCAAAAUGCGCUUAUGCGGCAGCAACAAAUGCGGCGGGAAGGCCGGCCUUCACUGCCCGACACACGGCUACACCAGCCGUUUCAGCACCAGCUUCACCAAAACCCAUACCCAAAUGUCGACCCAAGCCAACCGCCAACGCCUCAUCCCCCUCCACCGCAGGAGGUAGAUCGGCCCGUUUUCGAACUGAGCUCCGAUCCGGUGCCGGCACCGGCACUGGCACCGACAGUGGCCCCGCGACCGAACGGCUCGGCGUACGUGGCCCCACAAUCGCCAUCGCCCUCCACCACCCCGUCUGUUCCACCGCCGUCCGUUCCAGGCGCCGUCGAAGUGUCAGGUCUACCCGUUAUCCGCCGGCGGCCUGUUCCGCAGAAUUUUGCCGCGCAGCAGAGGGAAGAGCAGCAGCAGCGGCAGAACCGGGAAAAGUUCCCGUCGGGCGAAGACCCUGCCUCGGCGCAGUCGCACGCCAUCGGACGCAUGCACGGCUCUGUCAGCUGGCAUGGUCCCAACCAGCAAUUCCACAUGCGCCGUCGACAAACGUCGGUCGACCCGCUGUAUCCACCGCAGUUGCGGCCCGGCGAAGAGCCUGCGUCCAUGCUGCCGACGGCACGCUCGUCUUCGACCGGCUCGGCGCUCACGCCCACGAGCUCGGGCGGCGCCAGCGGCGGCAUCGUGGCUCAGAACGGCGACGUGCUGGUGACGUACAAUGGCAUUGUCUCGUCCAUGGCGCCGUCCGUAGCAUCUGCCAUCAACGCUUUUGCGUUUACCGACGGGGACACGGCCAGCAUCUACCAGGAGCCGCCACCGUCGUACGACGAAGCGAUGGCCGACACUGCGGCGGCCAUGGGGCUCAACGACAAUGACAGCGGCGGCGCUGCGAUGCGGCCAGCGUUUAGUGGAGAGGCGAACGCCAUUACGAUGCCGUCCAGCUCGUGA